GCGUCGUGCCUAACGUUUAGCGCGGGUACACACAAGAAGGAUAACAGCUGCUAAUCCUCGUUGACUACCUUGUUUAGCAAAGUUUACAACGUUCACAUCAGUUUUUAAUACGUUAUAUCCGUAGUGCCAGUAUGUGGAAUCAGGGAGGAUACAGCGAGUCUGGGAUGGUGGGGGGCUACACUCAGUCCCCUGGAGGCUUUGCAUCCCCUUCCCUAUCUCAGGGAGGAGAGAAGAAAGGGAGGACCCGGGCCACACAAAUCAUCCCCUGCACAGUGUCCCAGCUGAUGUCCUCCUCUCAGGUUGAUGAGAUCUUCAGAGUGGGAGAUGUGGAAGUGACACAGGUCACCAUUGUGGGGAUCAUUAGAAGUACAGACAAAUCUAUGACCAACAUCCAGUACAAGGUGGACGACAUGACUGGCGCUCCUAUGGACGUGAAGCAGUGGGUAGACACAGAGGACCCGAGUGUGGACAGCACAGUGUUGCCCCCAGGAACCUAUGUGAAAGUGUCAGGGAAUCUGCGGUCCUUUCAGAACCACAGAUCUGUUGUGGCAUUCAGCGUCAGGCCCCUGGAGGACAUGAAUGAAAUUACGUCUCACAUUCUGGAGGUUGUCCAUGCGCACAUGGCACUCAGCAAACCUCAAACCGUGCCAGGUGUUGGUGGAGGAGUGGCUGUAAACAGCAUGCCAAUGCACCAACAAGGGCCGGGGAUGAACACAGGGAGCUACGCAGGCACCAAUGAGAACCCACUAAUGGUCAUUAAUGGGUUAAGUGCAAAUCAGAACCAGGUGCUGAGUUUGAUAAAAGGCUGUCCGGACCCUCAGGGUAUUAGCAUUCAGGAUCUGAAGCAAAGGCUCAGCGGCAUCAGUAUUGCAGUGAUCAAGCAAGCAGUGGAAUUCCUGAGCAACGAAGGCCACAUCUUUUCAACCAUAGACGAGGAUCACUACAAAUCAACAGACAACGACGACUAACCCACUUCAGCAGCACUUGCGGAGUUAAAUAUUUGAAUUUAAGCUGUUGGCUUGAUUAGUAAAGAGCUAAAAACUGCAAGCGCCCGAUGCCUUUAUCCACAAAACUUUGUCCUCAUUUAUUUUGAGGUACUCUGGCCAAUGUUUGAAGAAAAUGGGGUUUGAGGAAACUUUUGGUUUCACAUCCUGUUUUCCCUGAGCUCACUUCUGCCUCUGUACAAGUCAGAACAAGAAUCCAUAUAUGUUUCUGUUUUCAUAUGUUCUGAAGUACUGCCUCCUCUCCUCCUGUAAAACAAUUUCUACUUUUAAUAAUUUGAAACAUAUGUACUUUCACAUGUAAAAUCCACGUUUGAUAAAAUUAAAGAUUCUACCAAAAGAC